AUGACAACAUUUGUGCACAUGGUAGCUGUUAUUGGGCCCCCGGGCCCUCCAUCUCCAGACGCCAUCAAGCAAGUCCUACUUCAGAGCACCCUGGAAGGAGCCCUUCCUCCAGUCUUGAUCGAUGCCAUUAGCCGAUCUCCCGACGGCCUUCGCGCCUUGCGAAAUCUAAAGUACACACACUUUGCCGGCGCCCCUCUACCUUCGACGACUGUACAGCUCCUCCAUAUGUACAGGUAG